AUGGAUACUAUGCGAGAAGACAAACGCAAAGCCAUUCCGGCGAUCGGAUUCUAUCCUCAAGAGGAAAUCAGCACUGGUGUAAGUUCCUUCUUAACUUUACUAAAAAGUUUUCAUUUUAUCUCUUCAGACCACUCUCAUCGCCAUGGAAUACAAUGGAGGCGUCGUCGUCGGAACCGACUCGAGAACCAGUGCUGGGUGAGUUUCCCUAUUCUCGCUCCGUCUCCAUACUGGAAUGUCCUUCAGAUCCUUCAUCACCUCUCGUGCCACCAACAAGAUCACUCCGAUCACUGAAAACAUGGUUGUGUGUCGUUCUGGAUCAGCCGCUGACACCCAGGCUAUCGCCGAUAUUGCCAAGUACCACAUCGACGUUUAUUCGUGAGUCGUUCUUUUGUCGAUUAACCCGUUCCAAUCAAUACAUUUAAGUAUGACCGAGAACAAGCCUGUUACGAUUUACCGUUCGAGCCAGAUCUUCCGCCAAUUCUUGUACAACUAUCGCGAGCAGCUUUCUGCUUCCGUGCUCGUCGCUGGAUGGGAUGAACAGCUCGGCGGUCAGGUAUACGCUCUUCCGAUCGGCGGAUUCGUUACUCGUCAACGCUCAACGGCUUCCGGAUCUGGUUCGACGUUUGUGCAAGGAUUCCUCGAUAGCAAGUGGAAACCGAAUCUGACCCUCGAUGAGUGCAAGGCCAUUGUCAAGCAGGCUGUCGGUCUGGCCACUUUCCGUGAUGGGUAUGUUUUCAAAAACACUCUGACAUUACUACUGUAUUCUCAAGAUGUUUUCAACGUUUUAAUCUUUCAGUUCCUCUGGAGGAGUUGUUCGUCUGGCGGUUAUCGAUAAAACUGGCUCCAAGUUCGAACUGUUUCGCCCAGACAAGCCAGGAUUCCCAACUGUGCAAACCCCGACCGCCCAUCUCUCGUUCCCGCCUCACAUCGAGCAGGUCCUCUAA